AAGUAAACAAGCGAGCAACGAGCAAGACAGAAUACAGAAUAAAAAACAAACUCUAAAAUUAGGUUAAGUGCAUAACGUAACGUAAACAAACACUAGAAAUAAAAUAUGGGGUUUAAGCGAAAUCUAUGGAAUUUGAUAAAAUUACUAUUGUGUGGAUUUGGACUAAUAUCUACUUUUUAUACGGUCAUUGAAUUUACAUAUUUUCUAUCCAUUCCUAACUACACCAUUAUAAAUGAGUCCCAUCGAGAAGUUCCUUGGGAAAAAACAUCUCUGGCCAUGUUACGUAAUAUGGCAUUAUUAACACUAUUUAUUAUUCAACAUUCAUUAUUGACAUCAAAAAAGAUUAAAGAUGCCUUCAGUGCCUACCACUUGCAAGAAAUAUUUCGGAGUCUAUACGUAAUUGCCACUUCUGGAGUAUUAUUGUAUUUGAUGAAACAUUGGAAUAGUACACCAAAUGUCAUUUUAUGGAAUCUCAACUUGAAAUACAGGCCAAUAUGGUGGAUGUACAUUGGGAUUCAUGGCUUAGCAUGGAUCACCAUUUAUGUUGGAAAUAUUUGUUGUGAUGUUACAGAAUUGUUAGGAUUGAAACAGGUUUACUACAGUAUUGUGAACCUACCGGAUCCUAAUGUUAGAAAAUCCAUUCAGUUACAAAGACUCAAUUCUCACAUGAGACAUCCCAGCUUCUUGGCAUUUGUGCUUAUAUUUUGGUUAUAUCCAAUAAUGAGCUUGGAUAGAAUAUGGCUUGCCUCAAUUUUCACAGGAUACAUGUAUUUGGGCUGGAAUCCCGAUGAAAGUGAUUACUACUACCAUAAAUAUCAAUUUGAUAGAAAACACCAUGAAUUGGAGCACAUGAAAAUACAUGAAUACUGAGCUAGCCCUUUUUUGGGAGAUUCAUAUUGAUCCUUGAACAAUAAAGUAUGCACAUCAGGUCAUCAGAUUAUAAGAGAUAUGAGUGUGUAGUUAGGCCAAAAUUCUCACCUGGUUUUUAUAUUACUAAACUUAGACCAAUCGUUUCAAUAAGCAAAGGAAUGUUAAAUACUUGAUUUUAUUUAUUUAUGACAAGCAACAACCAUUAGGGUUUGAUUGAUACGUGGACAAUGGACAUAAUAGUAUUUUUUUGUU